UUUAAAAUUUACUUCUGUGUUUUCAUAGGUAAAAAAUAAAGUUAAUAUGCAACAAACAAAACUCUCUGUUAUUAUGAACACGUUAAAAAGUUCUAAUUUUCCGCGUUUGUGGUUUAUCUCGCCGCUGAUACGUUAUUCUCACCAUGCAGUGAAAAAUAGUUUACUUGCAAAGCGCGAUCAUAGCACAUAUGGCUGUACAAAUAGUUGCUGGAAUUGUGAGUUCAAACACGACUGCAAGCUGUUUUGUCCAUCUUGUGAGAUUAUACAAUGUGGAGAAUGUGCUUCAAAGAGUUUAAACUUUUUUGAACUUCUUCAACUCCGCCAAACCUUUGAUAUUUCUGUAUCUAGUUUAAAAGAAUAUUAUAUAAAACUGCAAACGCGUCUUCAUCCUGAUAAAUUUGUAAAAAAAUCUUCAAGAGAACAAAGUUAUUCUACUGUUCAUUCGGCUGUUAUUAACGAGGCUCAUAAGGUUUUAUCCGAUCCUCUUAAACGAGGUUUGUAUUUACUUGAGUUAAAUGGUUACGUGGUAGAUGAGCGAUCUGUAAAUGAUAAUGAUUUUAUAUCUUCGAUAUUCGCUCUCAAUUUCCAAGUAGAAGAGUGUGAAGAUGUUGAUGAGCUUAAGAUUAUGCUUUCAAACAUUGAUGCCGAUAUUAAACAUGAUAUCGAAGAUACAAAUAUUGCUUUCACUAAUAACGACUUUGAAAGCGCUAAGAGAGAGCUUAUUAAAAUGAGGUAUAGAAGAAAUUUAAAGCAGUUGAUUGAAGAUAAAAUAAUGAAAUUGACUUGAUUAUGGUUUGAAUCAAUCCCUGUUUCAACUUAUUGAUUUAUAAGGAUUCCAACAGUUACUGUGUGUUACAAUUUACUAUAGAAGAUAAAAAAAUGGAGUUGACUGUGUUAAAACUUAUUUGAAUGUUAUCUGCUUCACAGUAUUUUAUCUAAUGUUAGAAAUAUGAUUUAAGUUAAAAUGUGUGCAAGCGUUUUGUUUCCUUUCAAUUGAAACAUUUUCUUAUGCACGAAAAACAUGAGAAAACACUAGAGUUGGUGUUUAAGCCAGCAAAUGUCUCUAAGCCAAGCAAAUGUCUCUAAUGAAUAUUGACAUUUGUAAUCAUCCGAUUAACUUUAAUAAAUUGCUGUUGUCAUUCAAAAAUGAGUAUGAAAGUGAUCUCUAUGGAUAUAAUAGUUCCUGACGCGUAAAUAUAGAACAGUUUUUAUGCUAUCAUUUUUCAAAUUUUUACAAUUCAGUAAUGAUAACCUACUAGAUAUGAUUAAUUUUUGUUUACAAUAAGAAAAACCUUUUAUCACUAGGAGAAAAUUUUGAGAUGUUAAUAUGGGUGCUUUUCCAUUGAUACAAUACAAUUAAGAUAAAAAUGCAAAAGAUUCAACUCCUUAAAUUGCAUGGAGGAUCUAGAAACAAUAGUCAAUGAUAUAUGAAAUAUUAAUAAACCAAUAAUAUAUGAAAUGUUAAGCUAUUUUGAAAAUGGAUUAAUGUGACAAUGUAUAAAAAACUUUAGCACAGUUUGCAAGAUGAGACGUUACAUUUUAAAGUUUUGGAUUUCAAAGAUGCUGAAAGUGCUCAGCUUGUAAAAACAUGUUGUUUCGCUUUAAAAUAUGCUUGACGUGAAAUGCGUCUAAUAUAUGCAUCCUUAGAUAUCUGCAUAAAUAUCUUUUUGCA